AUGGCCUCCGCAGCUGUCCAACUUCCCGGCACUCAUGAUGCGCUCCAAACUAAGAACCUCUCCGUCCCUGUCUCGGACAAGCGUCGUCACGUCCAGACUACGUUGAACUUUUUCAAAGAGAAUGAAGAUGGCUCGCCUCCAGAGCCGAGUAUCGUCGGCAAGCCUGAAACCUACGAUCGUCCUGUCAUCUCACUGCCCGUCACCAUCCACGAUGUCAGCGGUCAUGAGCUCGACUAUGCCUUGGACAACCAGGGGUUUCAGUUCUAUUACCACGAAAGCAGCGAGAAGGAUUUCCAUGAUGAAGAAAGAAUAAAGAAGGAGUAUUAUCCUGAAACAGAGCAGUUGCUGAAAGAUGCCACGGGAGCCUCCCGCGUCUUCAUCUUCGACCACACCAUCCGCCGAGCCCCAUCAGACGGAACAACGGCAUCGCAGCUGCGCGGCCCAGUCCAACGCGUGCACAUCGACCAAUCCUACAUCGCAUCAACAAACCGAGUCUCUUACCACCUCCCCGACGAAGCACCCGAGCUUCUCAAGGGGCGCUACCAAAUCAUCAACGUGUGGCGUCCGAUCCGCACGAUCCUGAAAGACCCGCUCGCUGUGGCCGAUGCCCACUCGGUCCCCGACAGCGAUCUCGUCCCGGUGAAGCUGAUCUACCCCAACCGCGAGGGAGAGACUUAUGCAGUGAAGCCGGAUCCCAAUAUCAAGUGGUACUACCGCUACGGGCAAACCCCGGAGCUGGUGACUCUCAUCAAAUGCUUUGAUUCCAAGACGGAUGGGAGGGCUCGGCGCGUGCCGCACUCGGCGUUUGUAAAUCCGGAGACAGAGCAGGAGCUUGGACGGGAGAGUAUUGAGGUUCGAGCGUUGGUUUUUCAUCCAGAUGACCGGGAUAAGAUGUUGUAUGAGCUGGCGACGUGGAUUUUAUGA